AUGGGUGCCGAUUCGUUACCCAAAACGAUACUGUGCGCCAAAACGCCGGAACUGAUCGAGACGGUCAUCGCCGACCGGAAACCGGAACCGUCACAGACCACAGGCGCGCACAGUUUACCGCUGCAGCUGGCCGACUCGACCCUCGCCGGUGCUCAGUUCGAGAAGGCGCUCCAGACGUGCGGCGGUGCGGUGCACGACGAGGCGGAGGUCGACCGGAAGCUGAAGGAGAUCGGCUCCGCGACGCCCAUACUGCCGUCGGAGAUCGGGACGGACUUCAGCUUUAAGCGCGAGAUCGUCUGGAAGAAUGUGAUCGGGUUCCUGGCGCUGCACAUCUGCGGCUGGAUUGGGUUGCACCUGGCCUUCUGGCGGUAUUGUGACUACCGCACCACGCUCUACACAAUGUGGCUAAUGUACGCCUCGGGACAGGGUGUCACGAUGGGCGCACAUCGACUCUGGUCUCACCGGGCGUUCAAGGCGACGCUCUGGCUGAGGAUCAUCCUGCUCUGGAUGCAUACGCUGGCCGGACAGAACUGCCUGUACGUGUGGGUGCGGGACCACCGACAGCACCACAAGUUCUCGGACACGGACGCCGACCCGCACAACGCGAACCGUGGCUUCUUCUUCUCGCACAUCGGCUGGCUGCUGUCCCGCAAGCAUCCCAAGGUGAUCGAGUACGGCAAGAAGAUCGACAUGUCCGAUCUGGAAGCGGACCCGUUGAUUAUGUUUCAAAAGCGGCACUACAAACUGCUCUACACCAUCUUCGCUCUGUUUGGACCAACCGCCGUUCCGGUGUACUUUUGGGGCGAGAGCUAUUGGUACGCCCUGUUCGUGGCGUUCUUCUUCCGCACGGUGCUCAGCCUUAACGGGACAUGGUCGGUGAACAGUGCUGCUCACAUGUUUGGCACGCGCCCGUAUGACAAAACCAUGUGGCCGGUGGAGAACAUGUUUGUGUCGUUCGUGGCUGUCGGUGAGGGCUGGCACAACUACCAUCAUGCCUUCCCGUGGGACUAUCGUGCGUCGGAGUACGGGACGCCGCUUAAUCUGACCGGAACGCUGAUCGAUCUGCUGGCCAAGGUUGGCGCGGUGUGGGACCGGAAAACGGCCACUUCGAACAUGGUUAAAAAUCGUGUUAUGCGCACGGGCGACAAGUCACACCAUACGUACGGCACGGACGAGGGCCGCCAGGCGUUCACCACGCUGUGGAACGUUUGGAAGCACCCGUCCAACCCGAGCUACAACUCGAUCCACACGCCAAAGCCGAAGAUCCUGCAGUCGGACGGCUACGCGCUGAUUCCGGACGAGUUGAAGCAGUCCGAACUGGACGAGGAGAUUCUGUCGAAGGAGAACGAGGAGUUGCUGCGCCGCCAGCAGGAAGAAGAAAGCCGCACGACUGAGGCGAACCAAAUCUACACCAAGCUGUCGAAGUACAUCAAGGAGCAGCAGCAAGCGGAAGAGUUGCUGUUACAAUCGAACAACAACAGCGAGAAGAGUGCCCAGGGAAAGGCCGCCCUGAACGUUGUCGACUGCAACGACAAUGCGCUGGUCAAACGGAGAGUCCCGGUGGCCGAUGUUCCGACCGCAACCCACUAGCCUAGCGUCUUGGCGAUGGCGGAGAUUAUUAUGGCCAUCCAGACACAUUCGUCGCAGCCUUCAUCGCAGUACGUGCGUUCCAGUAAGGGCGCAACACGUGGAAAGAGCUCGUGAGGAAGACACGCGUGGCACGGGCGAAAAGGCUCAUCUGCUGUUGCACCAAAUGCUCAAUUUACUCUAAACCAAUCACCUAUCCUCGACGAGUAACCAGGCGUGUUGUGGUCAUGUAUGAUUUCUCACUUUCUCUCUCUCAUGGUGCAAAAGAUUGCAGAAAAAGAAAGCAUGUGAUAUGCUGCUCUUCUGGUGGCGAACUUGCCGGUCGGCGGAAUGCCAGAACAGUGGAUACAAAAACAGUCAAAUCAAUUCGUGCCGUAAGCAUGGUUCGAAAAGCUAGUUCAUUCAUUUAAACUCAAGGUCCCCAGCCAAGUGGCAUCGGCGAAGAGCAUACAUAGUCGCGAUUCGUCCCCGCUUACAGUCCGUGCGUGUGCAGCACAAUCACUAUAAUCAUCGUUUCGCAACUGUCGUAGGCCACGCAUUCUUACCAAACCGUGAUGAUAAUGCCCAACCUUCAUUAACGCUUUUGUAUGUGUUUUCCCAAUUGCUAGUUGUUAAGUUAAGUAGGCCAGAUAACACGAAAACGAACAUGCAUGGCAACAGGCCCUCGCAUUUCGCCGACUGCACGGCGAGCAGUAGCUCGCGUACAGUCGUUUUUAGGGGAUGACUAUUUUCUUUCCGGGGUAGGGAUUCCAAUAAGUGCUGAAA